AUGAGAGAGAAAUCAACCAGACCUCGGCCGCAAGCUCCUCAGGGUGCUCGCAGCAUGGACAGUUUCAUAUCCGUCUUUCACGCUGGCAGUCUGGAUAGGCCUACGCCACAAACCCCGUCACAACCUCAAACACAAUCGCACCAGCAACCGCAGCGCCCAGCAAGCAAUCCCUAUUGCUACAUACCGGGCCAGUACUGGGAGUCUCUGGGCUACUACGACAUGGCGAUGGACAUAUGCACCGACUUUUCUGAUCUCAGUCAAAUAAACCCCUCGUUUGUGUCGAACCACAAAGCCCUCAGCUUCGCGGAUGACCUUACGCCGCUUGACUCUCCCCUCGAUUUCGCAACAGAGCACUUCGGCAGUCCUGGCGACUCUUUGCAACUAGCACGGACCAAUUCGGCUGUCCAAGAAAGCCCGGAUACAGAGGCGGAAUGUUUGGGUCAGGGACGAUGUAACAGUCAGAAUCUCCCUUGCAAGAUCUGUGAAAAGAAGAAAGAGAGGCGGAAAGAACAGAAUCGAAAAGCGCAACGGAACCACCGAUUGCGCAGCGAGGCGAAGCUCGAGCAGUUGAGGGCAAAGGUCAAAUCGCAAUCGGAUGAGAUUGUGAUGCUCAGAGACUUCAACCAGUCGCUACUGAAGCACAUUGAAACGCUCGAGAGCAAAUCCCAGGAUGGCGGCACGGCCGACGCGGGCACGGAGGCUGAAGAAUCAAACACCCUUGGAAUGCAACCGCCACCUUCUCGUUGA